AUGCACAGAGGCAAAGCCCUCCGCUCUCGCCCCAUCCAGCGGCGCCCGCCGGCCGCUGAACCCCCGCCGCCCGUUUCUCCCCCAUGGUACGCGGCGCCGCGGUCGACGCUCCCGCCCCCGGGCGAGGCCGAUCCUCUCCUCGUCGCGGCGUCCGAGGUUGCGCUCGGCCUCCCCGUCCACCCGGCGCCGCUCCCGGCCGCCGCGCCCGCGCCCCUGCUCCGCCUCCUCCCGGCCUUCACCUCCGCGCACUUCCUCUCCCUCCUCCGCCGCAACCCGCUCGCCCUCCAGCCGCUCCCGCUCCUCUCCCUCUUCCGCGUCCUCCUCGCCUCGCCGCCGGGCCUCUUCCGCCACACCCCGGCCUCCUUCCUCUCCAUGUCUCACCUCCUCAUCGCCCACCGCCUCCCCCACCUUGCACCCCCCCUCCUCCGCCUCCUCGUCUCCCGCCUUGGCCGCGACUCCCCGCCGCGGCUCCUCCCGCUGCUCCUCUCCGCAGCCUCCACCGAUGACCCGGCACCACUCGUGUCCGCGGUCGCCAAAGCAUACGCCGAUGAGGGCCUCCUACCCGAUGGAUGCUCCCUCCUCCUCCUCGCGCUCCGCCGCGGCGUCCGCGUCACCCUGCCCGCGUGGUCCGAUCUCAUGAAUCGGCUUCCCUCUGUUCCUGAAGCCUACACCUUCUACCUGCAGCUGCUCGACGCAGGCGUGCCCCCGGAGGCCAAGCAGUUUAACAUGCUAAUGCGUGACAUGAUUAGAUCAGGCAAACUUGCCAGUGCGCGGAAUGUGUUCGAUGAAAUGUUGAGGAGGGGUGUGCAGCCAACGGUAGUGACCUUCAACACAUUGAUGUCUGGGAUGUGCAAGGCAUCCGAUCUGAACAGUGCAAAUGCUCUCCGAGGGCUAAUGGAGAAGGUAGGAGUCGCACCAGAUGUGUACACCUAUGGUGCUUUUAUGCAAGGGUUGUGUAAGACAGGGAGGAUACGUGAUGCAGUGGAGAUGUUUGAGGAAAUGCGUGAGAGAGGUGUGAACCCCAACACUGUUGUGUUCACGACAUUGAUAGACGCACAUUGCAAGGAGGGGAAUGUGGCAGCUGGGUUGGAGUUGCACCAGGAUAUGGUUACAAGGGGCAUCAAGACGGAUUUGGUGGCAUACAAUUCUUUGGUGAAUGGUCUUUGUCGGGUGCGAGAUUUGAAAGCAGCCAAUGACAUUGUGGAGGAGAUGAGGAACAAUGGUCUCAAGCCGGACAAGAUUACUUACACCACACUCAUCGAUGGCUGCUGCAAGGAGGGGGAGUUGGACAUGGCAAUGGAGAUGAAACAAGAGAUGUCAGACGAAGGGGUUGCAUUGGAUGAGGUCACAUACACUGCGCUCAUCUCGGGACUGAGCAAGGCAGGGGGCGUUCAGUUGAUGCAGAAAGGAUCCUAUAUGAAGAAUGCAGACAUGCUUCUGAAUGCGAUGCUUAAUAUUGGGGUGUGCCCAGAUGAUAUAACAUACAACAUUCUUUUGGACGGACAUUGCAAGCAUGGAAAAGUUAGAGAUGCUGAAGAACUGAAAAGUGCAAAAGGAAUGGUUUCAGAUUUUGGGGUUUAUACUUCACUAAUCAAUGAAUUUGUCAAGAAGAAAUCGACUAAGAAUUACCAUGAUAAUGGAUAG